GGCUGGCAGACCCUGAAUAGUCACAAUCCCUGGCUGUUCCUACAACGUAACCAUGAAGAUCACCUUGGUAAGCAUCUUUUUGCUCACGCUCCUGACUGACAUUCACGCCAUCGUCUAUCCACAGAAAAACUUUGACCUUCAGAGGUUUGCAGGGAGGUGGUAUCGGGUCGGUCUGGCCUAUGAUUCUCCACGUUUUGUGCGGCACAGAAGCAAACUCACCAUCUCUAUGGGCACGGUGGAGCCGAAGGAGAAUGGGAACGUCAACAUGACCAUGUGGAGUUUAAGUUCCUCUGGCUGUCAUUCUAAGGUCUACAUCUAUAGGAAGACAUCUGUACCGGGCUUAUUCACCUACUACAGCACUCGUCACAGAAGGGUGAAGGAUAUUACUGUGGUGGAGACAAACUACACAGAGUACGCCCUGGUCCUCAAAUACAAGAAGUUUAACAAGGAUUUCACACAAGUGGCCCUUUAUGGUCGUACUAAGAAGUUGAGGGCGGAUGUGAUGGAGAAGUUCAGAGCGUAUGCCACGGCUCAAGGAUUCUCUAAAGACUCCAUACUGACCCCACCAGCUGCUGAAAACUGUCCUCCUUCAGGAAGUUAGUUCCAAAACACAUUUAGAGCUGGAGGAAACACACAUCCUUUUCCUAAUGUGCCAACAUGAUGUUAUUUUAUGACAGUUUGUAAUAUUGUAACUGAUGUCUUUGUCAUUUGCUGUGCUUAGUUGUUGGCAAAAAUAAAAGUUUUUGUUGUGUCUGUU